CAGAAGAGCGCUCCUGUCAGCAAACAGGGCAGAGCUCCGGGCUGUGCAGCUCCGCGUUCAGGACCGUUUUCAUCAACUUCUGAGAGACAAGUUACAUUAAUACCCUGAUCUAGUCUCAACCGUCUUCCCGUCUGAACACCUGUACAAGAGAGAGAGAUAGAGAGCUCAACCUGCUGACCAGCAUGGCUUCAUCUGAAGAUACAGAGGGCUCUCUGACCCCUGUAGACUUCAUCCAGCUUCAGCAGUACAUGGAAGAAAGCAGUUUGAGGGUGAAAGAUGUGAUCAAGGAGUUUCAUCCGGGGGGUCGUCUGGCCCAGCACAGUUUUGGAGAGUAUGUUGAUGCUGCAGGCUUCUGUCUGUUCCUCAAGACCUACCUAGAAGUGGAUAACUUCCCUGCAGACUUCUGCCAACGCCUUUUCCGUUAUUUUCAACAUGUAGAACAAGAUGGGGCCACAAAGAAUCCGUUGCCUAAAGGAGGUGGGGUCUUUCUUCGGGACGUGUCCUGUUACUUCUCAGUGCUGGAGGAAGGACAGCCACGAGAGAAGCUCGAAUUUACGUUCAAACUUUAUGACAAAGACGGCAACGGACUCUUGGACAGUUCUGAAGUGGACCGUAUAGUCACACAGAUGAUGCGUGCUGGUGAUUACCUGGGGUGGGAUGUGACUGAACUCAGACCAGUGCUGAAAGAGAUGAUGACAGCAAUCGAUGUGGAUGACAGUGGGACCGUCACUCUGGAGGAGUGGGUGAAAGGAGGCAUGAACAAUGUGCCCUUGCUUGUGCUGCUUGGACUGAAGAUGACUGAAAAAGAUGGUCACCACAUCUGGAGGAUGAAGCAUUUUAACAAGCCGACCUACUGCAGCGUGUGCGAGAGCAUGCUGCUCGGCCUGGGGAAGCAGGGACUCUGCUGCGUCUGUUGCACAUACACGGUUCACAGCCAGUGUGCCAACAAGAACCCUGAGCCCUGCGCUCGCACCUUCGUCAAAUCCAAACAGGAAAUUGGUAAAGCGGCUCACGACUGGAUCAAAGCUGACUGUAACUCUACCAAGUGUCAGGUUUGCUUUAAGAAGAUCAAAACCUUAGCAGGGAAGCGAUGCGUGUGGUGCCGGGAGAUGCGACAUGAUGACUGUGUUGUGCCUGGGUUACCAAAAUGCGAUUGUGGCCCACUGAGAGACCAUAUAUUACCUCCAUGGGCCAUUUAUGCCGUCCCAAAGGAGGAGGACAGCAGCGUGUUGAAUGUUACUCCUGAUGGCCACAUCCUGCAGAUUGCUCCUAUUCCAGACACCCACCCUCUGUUGGUGUUUGUGAACCCUAAAAGUGGAGGAAAGCAAGGUGAACGAGUGCUCAGGAAGUUUCUUGGUCUUCUAAACCCACGUCAGGUGUACAACCUAUCCAACGGAGGUCCCACUCCAGGACUGCACUUCUUCCGUAAUCUGCACCAGUACAGGAUCUUGGUUUGUGGAGGUGAUGGUACUGUGGGGUGGCUCCUGGAUGCUAUAGAUAAAGCCGACCUCCAGGUGCAUCCUCCAGUAGCUGUCCUGCCUCUAGGCACCGGGAAUGACCUAGCUCGCUGUCUGCGCUGGGGAGGAGGCUACGAGGGGUCUGACUUGAAAGAAAUCCUGAAGGAGAUUGAGGCGAGCGAGGUGAGUCCCAUGGACCGCUGGAGCAUCCAGGUCAUACCAAAUGACCCUCAAGAGGCAGGAGACCCCGUUCCCUACGAGAUCAUUAACAACUACUUCUCUAUUGGAGUGGAUGCUUCUAUUGCUCAUCGUUUCCACUCCAUGAGAGAGAAACAUCCGCAGAGGUUUAACAGCAGAAUGAAGAACAAACUGAUGUAUUUUGAAUUUGCUACCUCGGAGUCCAUCUCUGCUUCCUGCAAAAAACUUCACGAGAGUCUUGUGAUUGAGUGCAGUGGGAAACGUCUGGAUUUGAACAGCAUGUCUUUAGCGGGUAUCGCAGUCCUCAACAUACCCAGCAUGCAUGGGGGUUCCAACCUCUGGGGCGAAUCCAAGAAGCCGGAUGGCGUGUUCGAGGCAGCGCACAGUGAAGUCAUAACUGACAGUGAAGUGCUCAAAACUGUUUCACAAGACAUAAGUGAUAAGCGUUUUGAGGUGGUCGGGCUGGAAGGAGUUAUAGAGAUGGGACAGAUCUACACUGGGCUGAAGAGUGCUGGCCACAGGCUGGCACAGGCCUCCAAUAUCACCAUCAGGACAACCAAAGCUAUGCCCAUGCAGAUUGAUGGAGAGCCUUGGAUGCAGCCUCCCUGUACUAUCCAUAUAACUCACAAGAACCAAGCCAACAUGCUCAUGGCUCCACCAACCAAACCAUCAGGCUUCUUUCACCUCAAGUAGUGGUUCCACCACGUCCUCCAGUCUGAGAACGGCCACAGCGGAGGAUUUUAAAGACAAUGUCCACCAUUGAAUGUGCACCUGUCUUUUAUUGUGUCUGUCCUUUACAUUUAAUACCUAUUUAAAUUAUUGCUUGCAUUUGCACACGAAGAACCUAAAGCUGUACAUGAAAACUUCAGUCUGAUCAUUAUUAUUGUGUGCCAAUUUAAAUGUGAUGGAGAAUGUGUCUGUAAACAAAAGAGCAGAGAAUGCUGCCACAGUGCUUAAAAACGGAAUAUGGAUUUACUCGCUUUACUUGCUGUUGUGGUGUUUUUGUCGCGUCUUGGGUGUCAUUUGUUGUUAAAGCACCGUUAAUGCUUUGUUUGGUCUCCUGAAGCUCACCAUCACCUUGCACUGUCCCAGUAGAUGUCUUUCACCGUCAGUGUUGAUCCAUGUGAAAACAAAAAGUUGAAAGCGUUGAGUGUUUUUUUCUUAUUAUUCUUUUUUUACCCCAAGAACACUGUGGAUAUAAAUGUAGGAUUUGAUGCUAGAUCUGAGUCAGCAAUAUUCCACUGUGCUUCAUAUCUUAAGAUAUGUUGCACAAGUGAAGGAUUAGUUCAUUUAAAGAUGAUAUGGCAAUUUAUCACUUUGCAUGAACAUAAUCACAAUGUUUCUUUCUGAAAAAGGUUAGAUUUAACAAAAGACGCAGGUGAAAGACAUGAAUAUGAAAUUCCUUUGAUGAUCAAUAUAUGCCAAAAUAUCUUGGAGGAAAGCCAAAAUAUUGUUUUUUUUCUGUAAUGUGCUUCAUUUGUCUUCAACUUUUAGAAGUCUUGCAUUGGAUAUUUAGCAUCUUUGCAAGCAUAUAAAACAAGUUUGAGUGUUCAUGUCUUACAUAGCCUGAAUGUCAGAACAUGGAUCUCUCGUUUGGACUUGUAUCUUAGCAGUAAUGUCUUUUGAUUUUCAAUAAAGAUCAUACAACACAACCAAAUGUUUUAAAUUGUAUUAG